GGGCCACACCCCGGAGCAGGGGCAAAAGGCCCCAGCUGGCUCUUGGCUGACAGACUAGGCUGGGCCUCUGCUCACCGCAGCCACCACUCCUCCCGCUCAGCCGGCACCAUGAGCGGCCGAGUCGGAGACCUGAGCCCCAAACAGGCAGAGACCCUGGCCAAGUUCCGAGAAAAUGUCCAGGAUGUGCUGCCUGCGCUGCCCAACCCGGAUGAUUAUUUCCUUCUCCGCUGGCUCCGAGCUCGGAGUUUCGACCUGCAGAAAUCAGAGGCCAUGCUCCGCAAGUACAUGGAGUUCCGGAAGACCAUGGACAUUGACCACAUCCUUGACUGGCAGCCCCCGGAGGUAAUCCAGAAGUACAUGCCUGGGGGCCUGUGUGGCUAUGACCGUGAUGGGUGCCCUGUGUGGUAUGACAUCAUCGGGCCGCUUGACCCCAAGGGAUUGCUCUUCUCAGUCACCAAGCAGGACCUGCUGAAGACCAAGAUGAGGGACUGUGAGCGCAUCCUGCAUGAGUGUGACCUGCAGACGGAGCGGUUAGGGAAGAAGAUUGAAACCAUCGUGAUGAUAUUUGACUGUGAGGGCCUGGGACUGAAGCACUUCUGGAAACCUCUGGUAGAAGUGUACCAGGAGUUCUUUGGCCUCCUUGAAGAAAAUUACCCAGAAACGCUGAAGUUCAUGCUCAUUGUGAAAGCUACCAAACUGUUCCCUGUGGGCUACAACCUCAUGAAACCCUUCCUGAGUGAGGACACUCGCAGGAAAAUUGUAGUGUUGGGAAACAGCUGGAAGGAAGGUUUGCUGAAACUUAUCAGUCCUGAAGAACUGCCUGCCCACUUUGGGGGGACCCUGACUGAUCCUGAUGGAAACCCCAAAUGUUUAAACAAGAUCAACUAUGGGGGAGAGAUCCCCAAGUCCAUGUACGUGCGGGACCAGGUGAAAACUCAGUACGAGCACUCCGUGCAGAUCAGCCGCGGCUCCUCACACCAGGUGGAAUAUGAGAUUCUGUUUCCAGGCUGCGUCCUCAGGUGGCAGUUUGCAUCAGAUAGUGGGGACAUUGGUUUUGGGGUUUUCCUAAAGACCAAGAUGGGAGAGCGGCAGAAGGCUGGGGAGAUGACGGAGGUGCUGUCCAGCCAGCGCUACAAUGCCCACAUGGUGCCUGAGGACGGGAGCCUCACCUGCUCGGAGGCUGGUGUCUAUGUCCUACGCUUUGAUAACACCUAUAGCUUUGUCCACGCCAAGAAGGUCAGCUUCACCGUGGAGGUUCUGCUCCCGGACGAGGGCAUGCAGAAAUACGACGAGGAGCUCACCCCUAUCUAGGUGUCCUCUCCACUUCACAAAGACCCCUAGCUGUUUUCUCUUUAAUUACCCUACCUUCCCACCCUGACACUGAUCAAUAGUCUUCCUCACUCUGGGACAUUAGUAAGUAGAGAAAGAUUUCCAGGAGAAGGUUCAUCUGUGGUGGCCAAAUCAAGAAAGACAUAAAACACACAGCCUUGAAGAAAACAAAAGUUACAGAAGAAAAAGCAGCAAGAGUGAAGGCAAGAGGUGGAUGUCACUGAAAUUCAAGAAUAGGGAAAUGAAUCUCAUAGCCUUCAUCCUUGCCUAUCUUAAGGCAUUUGUGUGUGCUUGAAUUCCUUCCCUGUGGGAUGUGAGAAACUUGGGUUUGAAAUUUACCUGAAUUCUUUUUACCUCCACUCCCUAUAUGGUAGAUACUUAGAGUAUACAUAAGAGUUGAAUGGUGGAUCAGAAUGGAGAGAGCAAGUGAUUCACGGGGUGUGUAUGACAAGGAGGAGAUUUCAGCACCUUGGACAGGAACAGAGUAUCAUAGGGAUGGACUUCUGGAGACCCAGGCAAUCCAGCUCCCAGGUUUCUGACUGCGGCUUCCUCUUGGGAGCCCACUCACGAAACCUCUGCAUCUCUGGCAGGAAAUGCCUACACAAUGUCUAACUUGGGACACUCAUUUUCUUCCAAUCAUUGUUACCAUCCUCACUGCUCCCCUUUGGAAUUCACAGCUUAUAUAUUAAGCAAUUAAAGGAGUUUUCUUCAAAACAAGGGAAGCUACAUCUCACUCUAGCUGCUGCCUGGCAUCAUGAUAAUAAAAUAUCACACCUGUCAUGUGGUGA